CACUUUAGGGCCUACGCCACGGUUGUUCAAUGUUCACUUGUUGAUAAAUAUUUUUAACAAGGUAUCAAUCAGGUUAAAUUCAGAUUUUUUAUUCACAUGACUAUUUUUAUUGUGGCUUAAACUUUUUUGUGUGCUAUUGUUAUGAUAUUUUCGCGAUUACUUUACUGAGUUGUAGUGUAAAUUAGUAAUAAAUUCGAGAUGGCCAAUUUGAAGUCCGAUUUAGACGACUAUUUACUACAAAACGAGAAUCGAAGGAGCUUUAAGUUUGGCUUACCGUUUUCAACACCAAAAUUUUUCUCAAGAAAUGAUGACGAAUCUCCAAGCAGUAGUAACACGACAGCUUCUUGGUUUGAGGAAGUUCAAAAGGAAUAUUUCACAUUGAGCCGAACUCAGAGGUUUAUGGGUUUUGGUAUAUGUUUAUUCUUUGGCUUCCUAUGUUUCAUAUUAUCAUUCCUAUACAUACCAAUACUGUUGCUACAAGCAAGGAAGUUUUCUCUACUUUUUACAUUGGGGAGUCUAUUCUUUAUACUAAGCUUUAGUUUCCUGUAUGGACCUUGGUCUCAUCUUAAAUCACUAUUUUCAAAGGAGCGGGCACUAAGCACAAUUUUUUAUGGAUUCACUCUCAUAGCAACACUUUAUUGUGCUCUUCAUCUACAGAGCACACCACUUACAGUUAUUUGUGCUGUGUCGCAAGUUAUUGCGCUUUUGUGGAUGAUGAUGGGAUCCAUACCAGGAGGCUCCUCAGGAAUGAGGUUCUUUGGCAGCAUGUUCAAAUCCACUGUGUCAAACACAUUGCCAAUAUAGCAUAUAAUAAACUUUGUUUGUUUUUAAUUUUAAUUAAGUAAUUAUUGAAGGAAAUAUUCUAUGGAAAUUUAAUUCUUAGCCCAAUUGUACACUAACUGGCCAUAAGUUCUGUUACACAUAAUGAUGUCCUUUUUUUUGUUGGAAAGUUCUUGAUGACACAAGCUUAAAACUGUGAGUUCGUUUCUAGGUGGUUAGGAUGAAAAUAUCAGCUAUAAAGCUAUUAAAGCUCUUUUCAGACUACGAUAUAAUAUAUAGUCCAUAGCACAACAAUAUUGUGCACCAUACAUUAUUAUGGACAUGUUCACACUUCACUAUUUGAUAUAUUAUUGGCUUACUAUACGCAAUAAAAUUGUGCUUGUGCUGAGUUCAUGUUGUGCUAUAUUGUGUGCAUGCCCUUCCGCCUUCCAUAUUCAAAAAGUUUGAAAUUACCAUGUCCUCCUCUGAACUUUAUAUGAUUUGAUAUUUUUGUUCUUUCAUGGCAUUAACGACAAGAUAAUGUCAAAUUUUGCAUUGUCAUCAAGCAAUGAGCUUUUAAAACUAGCCAUUAUUAAAUCCAUUGUGUCGAUUGUGUGCACACUCUUCAAAGAUCGUGGUCAUCUGAGCUUGCCAUAUACUAUAAAUACUUGUGAUUAUAUCCUGUAAUGUGAACACCAUGCUAUAUCUAUUUACCAUAGUCUGAAAAGUGCUUAAGAGGAAAUGUAAAAGGAAAUCGAAUAUUAACACAUUCAAAUGCUUUUAAUUAUCGUUGUAACAUUCUGUUAAUUAUGUUAUAAUAUCAGAAUGUUUAGUUCUAAUUAUGGCAGCACACAGACUAGUAAAAAAAUAAGGACUCUGUGUCACCUUACAUAACAGUGUAGCACCAAAACAAGCCAAUUAACGAGUAAAUAAAUAGCGCCACGCGCACACACACUACUCCAGGCCGAUAGGCGGCCAUUAUGAGAAUUGUCAUCGUAAGUGACAGAUUAGUUUGCAUCUCAAUAAAAUAUUUUAUAAAUGUCGUUGUGUGUUGUGAAAAAGUGAAAAAACAAUACUGUAUAAGUAUUUGUGGCCAUAUAUGAUUAUUUAAGGGAGGAAAAAUUGUGUAACUAGUAUCCCCCGUAACCGCAUACACACUAGCAUAAUGGUGCUUCACUUGCUAAUAUCACGGCGCAGAGUCCUUCUUUUUUUACUCGUCCGUGUGGCAGCUUAAAUUAAUUCUACAAAUUUUUUUAUAUUGGGAACCAAAACAGAAAUAAUAGUGUGCUUUUAUUCAAUUAUAGUUUUGUGUGCAUUAUUAUUUUUGUAGUUAAAUAAAAAAAUUGUAAGUAAUCAAUACAACACAACAACACUGUAAGUAUCCUAAUGCCUUACUUGUGGAAUUAUGUAAGAACAUUUUGAAAUUAAUGCUUUAAGUAAAACUUGCAUAAUACUUGAACAAUACUUCCACUUAACAUUCGUUGUUAACUUAAACACUUAACUUGUGUGUUACUUGCAUCAUCAAACUAGUUUGGUAACAAUUUAAUGUUGAUGAAAAAACUAAUUCUAUUUAUUUUUCAUGGAUAAUGUUUCAUAUACAUAAGUUAUUGUAUCAAUAAUUUCUCAUAAAAUUUACCAUGUCAAGUACUUAUUUAGCACAAUUUUUUAUGAUUUAUAUUAGCACAAAAUUUCGUUUAGCAUUAUAUGUAUAGUUAAGAUAUUAGGUACAAUAAUAAUUAUUAUUUCCCUGGAAAAAAUCGAAAGAUGAAGUCCCUAAUAUAGAUUAAUAUCUUUAUAAAGGUAAUGUAGAUGUUUCUUUAGUAUUUAAUGUUCAAUUUGAAUUUGGCAAUAUAAUAAUAAUAAAUUAUUUAAAAUCUUGAAUUAUGAAAACUUUUGUUUUAAUUUGUCAUAAUAGGUUAUUUAUAUUUUUAUGUGAGUUCAAUCUAAAAUGAAUUAGGUCAGUUAUAUCAGUGCUUCGAUCAAAUAUGUGGAUAGGGACUAGAUUUAGUGUUCAAUAUCCAAUCGAGCGAAGGAUUGUAGCAGAGUCAAUUUACUCAAUGGGGCAUUAAACAUCUAUAACGAUAUUGUGAUAAUAUUCAAGAAAAAUAGAUCGUAUCAUGAUAUUAUCACGGAUAAUCUACAAAUCCGCGAUCCGAAGGAGCUUCAAUUAUAAUAUUUAAAUGUAAGCGCUUUGCGAUAUCUAUUCUUUGUCAUAGUCCGCUAUCGCAACAACGUUCUAGUGAGAGAUCUGUGGACGAUACCGAAUGACGCCCUAUCGAUGAUGUUAACGGCCAUAACAAAAAUAAUAUACAAGAGUUUAUUCUCCUUUUUGUUUGAAAAAAAAAAAUAACUUUCAUCGUGUGAUUUUGCUUUCUAGUUAUAUUUAUACUUAUAUUAAAAUGGGUAUAUUAUUUCAUCUUUUCUGUUGCUAUUUAUGAAUACGGUGAUUAUAAGUUAGUUAAUUAAAAAUAAAUAAUGCUUUUGCAACAUUUACACAAUGGUACCAUAUAUAUUCAAAUUUUGAAAUUAUUAUUUGUUUCCUUUCAUAAAAAAAUAUUCUUGCCGUUUUUUAAGAUCUAGUAGAUAUGUGAUCGAAUAUUAAGUGGAACUAACAAUGCAGUACACUUGUAUGUCAGACUUAGAUAUAUUAUGUAUAGACUUAAAUAUAUUUCGAUAUAUUAUGAACUGAUGCUAUGUAAUAUAAUAAUGUAGUAACCUAAUAGUUUUUAUACAAAUUCAGAAAUAAAAUACUUAAGUAAU